CGGGAAACGAAACAAACGAACGUCGUUUGUACGUUUUGAGGUUUUGAGUUUUGGAGAAGAACGAGGAAGGCAAGUUAAAUUUUGUUGCUAAAUUUCGUACUUUUUGAGCCUAGAAAAUAUGACAAAUACCGACGCAAGCGUAAGCCAUGAUCAUGAUUAUUGUUCUUCGAACCUACAAGACGAAAAAGACAUCGAUUUCGUGGUAGAUAACCUCAUAAAUUCAUCUUCCCCUAAAAGCAUAGAUGCUGAAAUGAACAAAGUGGACUCGCUUUGCCUUUCACCAGCCUACAGCUGUGACAGCGGAAUUGACUCCUUUGCCAACGAUUUGGUCCAAGGUUUCGGCGGAGAAGGUGAUGAUCUUUUGAAUUUUUUGUUAGACGAUGAUUUUGGACUUGAAUCUGAGAUGGAGGGAAUUGUAAAUUUUACUAAGAAUUUCACCAACAGUUCUGUGGAAACUGCUAAAGUUGAUAAGGCAAUGACAAAUACAGCAAAACCUCCUGUUGGUAAAACGGCUACAACCUGUACAGACGAAUUAGGACGAAACAGAAAGAAUGCGGAGAAUGCCAAAGAAAAUCGAAGAAAGAAGAAAAUUUAUGUUGAGGGUCUCGAAAAAGAGGUUGGCCAACUUCGGAAUGAGAAGAAUGCACUGAUGGGAAAGUCGAACAGAUUGGAGAAGAAAGUUAACAAGCUGGAAAACGAAGUCGAUUAUUUGAAAAACGUUCUGGCCAAUCAAAGCAUGUUAUCGAAGCUAAUUGAAAAUGUAUCGAAGACGCCCGGCGUUUCAUUGUCUACUUCUUUCUGUUCAUCUAGGGAAUCCUCGUUAAAGGAUAACGAUUGUGAAAAAGAAAACCCGGUUUCAACACGAUCUGCUUCCAGGAAACGAGCUUGUGAUCCUCAGCCAGCUUCAAAUGCCAAACAAAGUAGAAGUAGCUCAACUGCAUCAGGUGGUGUUUGUCUUCAUGUAAAACAGAGCAAGGUUUCGAUCGAGUUCUGUCAUCAUUGCAACAAAAUGGCACAAGAUUGAGUUUGUUCAAGAAAAAUUUUGGUGGGAAAAUUGUCAGUAUACCAAUUACAUUACGACAAUUCAAGAUUUUAAAUUGUGGGUAUUUUUACCUGAUUGUAAAUUACAACUGGAAAGCAUAGGCGAAGACGUGAAUGUCAAAUUGUUUGUAAUUUGACAGUAUUGUAUAUAGUGAUUAUGGAAUGGUAACAUGCAUUUGCGCAAAGCGUUCAUUGCGUUCACAGCUCACUUUGAUUCAAAAAUUCAAAAACCAAGAAUUGUAAAAAUGUACAAAAAAGAAUUUAGUAUUUUUCUCAUAGUAGAAAUUCAUUAUGUAAUUUGUAGUUUUGCUUAUCAGCAUGAAGUAGCUAAGUUGUCAAGAUUUGUAUAAAAAGAAAAACAAUUUAAAACCUAUAGUCUGCUUUUUUUUCUUGUGUAAAUUCAAAAUGUCACCACUCGAAAGAUUAUUUUUUCUGUUACAGGUCACCAAAGAGCUAUUGUGAAUAAUUACAAAGAUUAAACCCUUAUAAAUGGUAAAUAUUUUGUUAUUUAAUUGUAUCCGUAUAAUUUUAUCCCUGCAUAUAGUAAAUUGUGCAUAUUUGUUAUAACCAUGGGCGGAUUUACUUCCCCCAUAGAAGAAAUUGCAUGUUAACUCCUUCUCCUGUUCAGAUGCCCCCUAGUACUUAAUUAUUAUCACAAGUGGAAGGAGAGUCUGGAUUUUUUUUUCAAUAGACCUAAGGGACCCUUAGCCUUGUACUUGGCUAGAGAGCCUCAUUUUCGGGAUUGAGAUAUCGUCUUUAGAGCCCUUUAUCUUGGCACAGACCACCGAAGGUCCCCACACCAUCUAAUUUAACUGUAUGAUUUUGUAAAUGUGUCCAUUUGUACCAAGAUAAAGGGCUCUAAACCCAAUAUCUCAAAUCACGAAUACAAGGUUGCACAGCUAAAGCCUCUGCACUUUCCAGAAGAGAGUAUUGAAUGAAAUGGAAUUUACAACACUAAGAAAACAGGUUGAGUGUUUGGCAAAAAUGUCAUAAUGUUUGGCACAACUACUUGAUUGCAAAUGUUACAAGCAUAAGUUUCAAGUUCUGUUUGACAAACUGGAAUGUUUUGACAUACUGGAAGUGCAAAUUUAUUCCAAACAAAGAACCUCUAAAUUUCCAACCUUGAACCUUUUUUGGCCUUAUUAUAUACUGCAGUUUAUAAUAGGUUGUCAAGUUUUAAUGGUUGAAAGGAAAAAAACAACAUUAUAGCAUGAAAGUAUUGGGAAGGGUAGUCCUUAUUCCAACUGCCCCCUUGCAUGCACAUGGGCCGGACUGCAGAGUUGGGCACUUUUUGACGAGAUCUCUGGUGCGCAAAUAUUAGAAAAUCGAAGAGCAGGUGCGCAAAACAGUUUCCAAGUGCGCAUUAAGAUGCAGUCAAGGGCACAAAAGUUGUGAGAUGCAUGUUAAAAACAAUGAAAAUUAGAGAUUUGAGGGCAGUACACCCCAGGCGUGCUGAAAUUUCUUCCUAAAAAAAUAUCGGGUGCGACAUUGACCAACUCUGCAGUCUGGCACAUGGGAAAGGUUAUUGACAUUUUUUUGACAGAAUGUUAAACAUUUUUCUUCCAAGCACUCUUCCAUUCCUGGAGUGAGAAUGGUUGAAAUCUAACAGAUGUGGCAUGAACUGUCUGUAAUAUGUGGUUAUGUAUGUGAGGUAGUAUGCAAAAGGGAGUAUUAUAACUAGUCAACUGGUGCUUUUAAACCUUCCUUCAAAUAAAAAGGAAAUGUGUGUGUCUGCCAUGUUACACCAGGCAAUUUGUCAUGGGAUGUUCUUGUGUGAAAAGAAUUAGAAAAUUUAUGAGCUUAGUAAUGUGUGAGCAGCAUGGCUUGAAAUUUGCUGUGUCCCGAUAGCCCUGAGCACAUUAUCAUAGUUACAGCAGUUUUACAUGUUACACAACCAACCUAGCAAUAGUUGUUUUUGACAUCACCAAUUCAAUAUCAGAAACAUUGACAACUGAACAAAGCUUGCCAAACUCAAUCAUGACUUGCAAAUUUUAUAAUUAUACACGAUCACAUUGAUGGUCUUUAUUCAGUUGAUGUUUCUGAUAAUGAAGUAGUGACUAUUCUUAAAUGUCAACAACAACUAUUGCUAUAUCAACCUUCUAAUGUCAUGUGAAACUGCUUUAAAGUUUAUUUGAGUGCUUUUCUAGAAACACGUAACUUGGCUGUGUGUCUGAAAUAAGGCCCUGUUUACACUAUACCGGAUUACUUUUCAUACCGGAUUAAUUUUUACUCCGAAGUAAAAAAUCAAGGGUGUUUACACUAUGCCGCUUUGCUCUGUUGCCAGCUCAUGUCUUUCACUGUCGCCAUGGAAACAAGUAGCCAAUACACCAAAAUUUAUUAAAAACAAGAAGUGACACCCGUUUUCUUUGUAAAGUAUAACUUUGUUUAAAAAGCUUGACCACCAGACGUUGCUUCGUUUCGCUCUAAUCCAAAAUUUCAGAGUAUUAAUUUAAAUUUUGCUCUUUCGAAAGCGAAAAGUCAAUGUUAUUAUCGUUUCCUUUAUUUGUAUUCGCCAGAAAUAGUAAAUGGUUGCAAGGCGAAACAAACAACGGCUAUAAAGUAUUGUAAAAGCGAGCAAAUAAAGGCGACAAUGUUAAAACAUACACGCCAAAACCGAUUUUGUACUGAAGCAUACCGGAUUAGCCUGUUUACACUGCUCCGGCACAUACCGGAUUACUUUUCAUAUCACCUCCAAAGCGGAGUCCGCGUCGCGUACCGGUUACGUUACUGGCGUAAUGUAAACAGCAGCCGAAUCCGGCUAAAAAUCGCUACGCUCCGAUGCAAUCCGGUAUAGUGUAAACGGAGCCUUAAUGUCAUUGCAACUUGCUCGAAAAAUUGCCUUGUGUAACAUGGUCUUCUGUUAAGAUUCAUUGAAACAACCUUCCACUAUGUUCUUUUCUCUAUACUAUAUUAUAUAUAUUUUUUUAAUUGCUCUGCGAUCCUAUUUUUACAAUACAUUUCAACUAACUUUAGCCUAUACAUUAUGUGAAUUUGCUACAAAGUUUAAAAGUUCAUAAUGUAAUUCUCAACCAGUUUCUAAACUGAGCAUUUGAUUGGUUUCUGUUAAUUUGGGAGGCAAUGAGACACUAACAAUGCACCCCUCAUGCUGUCAGAUGAGUGUGCCUCAAAAAUUGUCAUUGUUCAUUGCUCAUAUCAAAUAUUGCUGUACUAAUAUGGAAUGAUAAAAUUAUAAGUAACGGCUGGCUGUACCUGGGUAGUUGGAAGAUGAAGAAAAAAUGGUGGAAUAUACAGUAUAUCCAUGCUCAGAAAAAAGAUGUUUUUUGGUGGUAAAUAUGGCCCUAGGUGGUGACUACAAGCAUAAUUUGAAAAGAAAAUUUUGAUGUUAAUGGUAGCAUAAUUUGAAAAAAUUCGAUGUUAAUGGUUGACCCAUUGGUGUUUCUUUUUGGGUUAUGAAGAGUACAUGUGUAUAUGAAUACCUGUCUGAGACCAAGAGGUAGCAGUCUGUGGUAAUUAUUGCUGUAGAUUUGAAGUCUAUUCAGACGGAAGGUGCUCUUAGGAGGUUGGGACCUAGGACAACCUUUUUUUCACCAUUUGUUUUGGACAAGAGCAAUUGAUUCCAGCUAAUUUAAUGACAAGUAUGACUAGAAUUUGUAGAGUGUGAUCAGUGAAAAUUGUGUAAAUUAUUUUAUAAAUACACUGAAAUUGCUUUUUACUAUUGGUGAAUGUUGUUUUUCAAUAUCUAGUAAUUUUGCAUUGCAC